GGGGCUGAGCCGAUGAGGCCGAGCGGCGAGGGGGGUAUUCUCUCUAUCAAUGACAUAAAUACACACUCACAAAGUCACAGUCACAGUCAGUCACAGUCUCACAGACCAUACUCGCCAGUCACUCACCAGUCACUCACCAGUCACCAGUCACCAGUCACUCACCAGUCACCAGUCACCAGUCACUCACCAGUCACCAGUCACCAGUCACCACUCACACCAGUCACCAGUCACCAGUCAUCAGUCACCAGUCACCAGUCACUCACCAGUCACCAGUCACCAGUCACCACUCACACCAGUCACCAGUCACCAGUGACCAGUCACCAGUCACCAGUCACCAGUUCACCCAAGUAA